AUGCCUCCGCUCCUUGCUGCCGCCGAUUCAUUCAACUCCUCCAGCUCUACCAUAGUCCCGGACAGAAAAGAUGGUCAAAGACAAGCCAGCAAUGCAUUCGGUUCUUCCACUGCCUCUGGACGAGGUUUGAUGCCGAAUGAUUCUUUGGGGAGAAUAAUGAAUGAACUUUUGUCCUCUGAUGGUAUAUCUGAUCUAUCUCCUCAACAUCCUCCUGGUCAAAACUUGGCUCAUGUUCAAGGAGGUUUCGAUCCUCACCAAUUAUCCACUCUUCCCGAGACAGAUCCACUCGGUAUGAGCUCUCUCUUGGAUUCUAUCCCUCAAGGCAACAUGUUUGAUCCUACCCCUCAACCAUACAUGCCGAUGAACGAGACCGCAUUCCGACCUUCGUCAGCCCACUCCAAUCACUCGCAUCAUUCCGCAAGGAGUGUGUCCGGAUCCGAAUACAGCUACACGACCACAGAGAUGGACGAAGAUGAUAUCCGAGAGUUUCUUCCUGAAGUUGAUAAUAACGUUCAAUGGGGCUUCAACCAUCAAACCACCGGUCAAACGUCGUAUCAAGGUACAGUGGCACCUGCUAGCGUCAGCCCUCCACCGAUUGGCAUGAGCCCUGCCGUGACAGGCCUCUCGAACGAUCACGAUAGUAGGAUAGGUCCGAGAAGAAACGCUAGGAGGGAGGGGGGAUCAUUGACAAGAGAUGAAGCUGAAAGGUUGGAGAAACGUCGCUUAAUCAAUCGCAAGUCAGCUGAGAAACACCGUCGGAUCAGGAAAGAAGAGGUGGUGAACCUCAAACAUAAGAUUAGUGAAAAGGAUGCUCUCAUCGCGGAGCUGCAAAAACAGUUGGCGGUGGAGAAGGCAAAAGUGGAUCAGCUUCAACAAAUUCACACGAUAGAUAAACGAAGAUUCAAAAAACAACAACAUUGUGUAUGA